AUGAGACAGUUUUACCGAGUGCUGGGAGCAGAUCUGGCUCGUGACCGACAGCAGACGUCGGUCAAGCCCUGUCACAAAUGGCGCCCGUGGCCGAGCCUUGCCCCACGGUACAGCUCCGCGCUGGAGCCCCGCCGCGAGCCCCGUCCUCGGGGCGGUCCGGCUGUUGUCCCAGGGUUGGCUGUGGUCAGGCUGACGGGACGAGGCGGGGGCCCCGCGUGCCCCCUCGGUGCGCGGAGGCACCUGCAGCCGCCCGGGCGCUGCCGCGACGGGUUCGGGAACGUCGCCGAGCCGCGUCCGACGCGGGCCUGGGCAGAAAGGAGCCGCAGAACAGCCGGAAAAGAAGGGCACAGAACUGGCUGCUGGGCUGGAAUUGGAGCGGAGGGAGCACCACGAAAAUGUUCUGUCCGUGUUAAUUUGCACUUACAAGUGACAGGUUUGCCCGUCUGCCCGGAGCUGACCCGAGAGCACAUCCCAAAAACCCGGGACGUGGGACACUUCCUGUCCGUCACCGGGACCGUGAUCCGGACGAGCCUGGUGAAGGUGCUGGAGUUUGAGCGGAGCUACAUCUGCAACAAGUGCAAGCACGUGUUCGCGGUGCGCGCCGACUUCGAGCAGUACUACGCCGUGUGCCGCCCCACGGCCUGCCGCAACGAGCAGGGCUGCGGCUCCACCGCCUUCACCUGCCUCUCGGGCACCGCCUCGGCGCCCGCCAGCUGCAGAGACUACCAGGAAAUCAAAAUUCAGGAGCAGGUGCAGAGGCUCUCUGUGGGAAGCAUCCCCCGCUGCAUGGUGGUGGUUCUAGAAGAUGACCUCGUGGACAGCUGCAAGUCUGGAGAUGACAUCACGGUGUACGGAAUAGUGAUGCAGAGGUGGAAGCCCUUCCACCAGGACGCGCGCUGCGACGUGGAGCUCGUGCUGAAAGCCAACUACGUGCAAGUGAACAACGAGCAGCUCGCGGGGGUCACCAUCGAUGACCAAGUCCGCAAGGAAUUCACAGACUUCUGGGAAAAGCACAGGGAUGAUCCCUUAGCAGGGCGGAAUGAGAUUCUGGGCAGCCUGUGCCCGCAGGUGUUCGGCCUGUACCUGGUGAAGCUGGCGGUGGCGCUGGCGGGUGCCGUGGCACAGGGAUAACCAUCCCGCUCGCCCCAGGAGAGCGGGGAAUCUCACCUUUUGCUGGUCGGAGACCCGGGCACGGGGAAAUCCCAGUUCCUCAAGUACGCGGUGAAGAUCACCCCCCGCUCCGUGCUCACCGCAGGAAUCGGAUCUACCAGUGCAGGCCUCACCGUGACCGCUGUGAAGGACUUCGGGGAGUGGAACUUGGAGGCGGGAGCGCUGGUGCUUGCGGACGGAGGCCUGUGCUGCAUCGAUGAGUUCAAUAGCAUCAAAGAGCACGACAGGACCAGUAUCCAUGAAGCGAUGGAGCAACAAACCAUCAGUGUAGCUAAGGCAGG